AUGAAAUUUGCAGGAGAGCUAUGUCGCAAAGACCCCGAACAGUGGUUUUUCUUCAUUCUUAGACAAGAGAAUGAAGCCCGCGAAGGAAGACCAAACCGGCUCACAACUUCAGGGUAUUGGAAAGCUACUGGCUCUCCUAGUUACGUCUUCUCUUCUCAGAACCGAAUCAUUAGUAUGAAGAGAACCAUGGUGUUCUACAAGGGAAGAGCUCCUUCCGGAAGAAAAACUGAAUGGAAGAUGAAUGAGUAUAGGGCCAUUGAAGGAGAACCUUCAUCAUCAAUUACUACAAUUCCACUGUUAAGACAAGAGUUCAGUUUGUGCAGAGUGUACAUAAAAUCAAAAUGCAUGAGAGCAUUUGACAGGCGACCAUCAGCGGCGGCGACAAGUGAUGGUUGGGCAAGUUCACCAUGGUGGUGGUGGUGGUGGUGGUGGUGA